CAACAACAACAACAACAACAACAACAACAACAACAACAACAACAACAACAACAACAACAACAACAACAACAACAACAACAACAACAACAACAACAACAACAACAACAACAACAACAACAACAACAACAACAACAACAACAACAACAACAACAACAACAACAACAACAACAACAACAACAACAACAACAACAACAACAACAACAACAACAACAACAACAACAACAACAACAACAACAACAACAACAACAACAACAACAACAACAACAACAACAACAACAACAACAACAACAACAACAACAACAACAACAACAACAACAACAACAACAACAACAACAACAACAACAACAACAACAACAACAACAACUCAUCCUCUCCCAUACUUGUAAAGUUCAAAGUGAUGUAAAUCAC